AUGUCAGGAACGCAUAGUGUUCUGACCGUUAUUCCGCCGCCUGAAGGCUAUAUUGUUAAUUUCUCUCAUCCUAAACGACAGGGAGUGACCGAAACCUACUGGAUCGUGUCCAUUGGAAACUUCCUGGCUUUGACUUUUCUGGCGCAAAAGCUUUACACAAAGAUUUUCAUAGACAGGCGCUUUCAAUCAGAUGACGGAGGCUUCGUAACUGGUGUCAUCGGUGUCCAUGCUUGGGAGCUCCCUCUUAGGGGCUAUGACUAUUACAGUGUCUUGAUACUCGUUGCACCCGUCGCGUAUGCCCCAUGUAAUGGAUUCGCAAAGCUUACGCUGCUCUUGUUCUAUCGACGGCUGUCACCGCAGACUUGGUUUAUGUGGACUGUCAACGCCUCAAUUACCCUCGUUAUUGGCUACACUGUCGGCAUAUUCUUCAGUCUCAUCUUCGCUUGCAGCCCUAUCGAGAAGAGCUGGAACGCAAUGAUUACAACUGGAUCGUGUAUCAACCGUCCAGCGCUAUAUAUCACAACUGCAGUGCUUGGAAUCGCCACCGACGUCGUCCUUCUAGGUCUGCCAGUCCCUAUGGUCCUAAGACUUCAGAUGCCUGCGCUUCAAAAGGCAGGAUUACUUCUGAUGUUUGCAGUCGGGUCCUUGACCUUGAUUACGUCCAUAGUCCGUCUGGUCAUUCUACUGCCUACUUUGACGGCCACCGAUCAGACCUGGGCCAUAGCUUACCCUUGUCUGUGGAUCUGCAUCGAGGCUAAUCUCCUGAUAAUUUGCGGAUCAUUCCCCACGCUGCAAAGAUUCUUGCGACGGGUUUCUCCCAAACUUAUCGGCGAGAGUCGCGAAAAUGGCAGGAUUGCGCCUGCUAAGGCAGCAGGAAAUAGUGGCCUCCGCACAUUCGGAGACUCUGGGGUGAAGAAGUUUGGAUAUGACAGGUUUGACGACUCAAAUACGGAGUUGACCUUGAUGGCUCUUGACAACAACGAUCAGGCCGGUAGCUUCAGGCCUGAUCUCUCGAGCGAAUCUCUGACCGAAUCAGUAGUGACGGAGUGA